AAUUGUAUCAGAGGAAUAACUGCCAGGCUCUUUCUCUUCCCUCUUUCUCUACCUGAAACCCUAGUUUUGUUUUAUUUUACUUUUCAUUUUGUGAGUUCCUUCUCUAUUGAUCUGUCGCCAUGGAUACGCGAUACCAGUUUUCCCCGGCGGAGGUCAAGAAAGUACGCCGAGUUCAGUUUGGCAUAAUAAGUGCUGAUGAAAUUAGGCAAAUGUCAGUGGUGCAGAUCGAGCACAGCGAGACGACCGAGAAGGGAAAGCCGAAGCCUGGUGGCUUGAGCGACCCUCGACUCGGUACCAUUGAUCGGAAGGUGAAGUGUGAGACCUGUAAUGCUAACAUGGCGGAAUGUCCUGGGCAUUUUGGGCACCUUGAGCUUGCUAAGCCUAUGUUUCAUAUCGGAUUCAUGAAGACUGUACUCAGUAUCAUGAGAUGUGUUUGCUUCAACUGUUCUAAAAUUCUUAUCGAUGAGGACGAUCACAAGUUUAAGCAAGCUCUUCGGAUUAGAAAUCCAAAACAUAGACUUAGGAAGAUUCUGGAUGCCUGUAAGAACAAGGCCAAAUGUGAAGGUGGUGAUGAUAUAAAUGUUGAAGGUCAAGAGUCUGAAGAACCAGUGAAGAAGAGUCGGGGGGGCUGUGGUGCCCAACAACCGAAGCUCACCAUUGAAGGUAUGAAAAUGGUUGCGGAAUACAAGGCUCAGAGGAAGAAAAGUGAUGACCAGGAUCAACUUCCUGAACCUGUUGAAAGAAAACAACAGCUUUCUGCAGAAAGGGUUUUAAGUGUUCUAAAGAGGAUAAGUGACGAAGACUGUCUAAAAUUAGGUCUGAAUCCUGAAUAUGCCCGCCCAGAUUGGAUGAUUUUACAAGUCCUUCCAAUUCCUCCUCCUCCUGUGAGACCUUCUGUCAUGAUGGAUACUUCAUCAAGGAGUGAGGAUGAUUUGACCCAUCAGUUGGCGAUGAUCAUUAGACAUAAUGAGAAUCUGAGGAGACAGGAGAGAAAUGGAGCUCCAGCACACAUAAUCUCUGAAUUUGCACAGUUAUUGCAAUUCCACAUAGCCACAUAUUUUGAUAAUGAGCUUCCAGGUCAGCCCAGGGCUACACAGCGAUCUGGAAGGCCUAUUAAAUCAAUUUGUAGCAGGCUUAAGGCCAAGGAAGGUCGGAUUAGAGGCAACUUGAUGGGCAAACGUGUAGAUUUUUCAGCACGGACAGUCAUUACACCAGAUCCAACCAUCAACAUUGAUCAGUUGGGGGUGCCAUGGAGCAUUGCUUUAAACUUAACGUAUCCAGAAACUGUGACUCCAUAUAACAUUGAAAGGUUGAAAGAACUUGUUGAAUUUGGGCCUCAUCCUCCACCGGGAAAAACCGGUGCCAAGUAUAUCAUUAGAGAAGAUGGGCAGAGGCUAGAUCUUCGGUACUUGAAGAAAAGUAGUGAUCACCAUCUGGAGCUUGGUUACAAGGUUGAGAGACACCUUCAGGAUGGAGAUUUUGUUCUUUUUAAUCGACAACCAAGUCUCCAUAAAAUGUCUAUAAUGGGACACAGAAUCAAGAUUAUGCCAUACUCAACCUUUCGCUUGAACUUGUCAGUGACUUCGCCAUACAAUGCUGAUUUUGAUGGUGAUGAAAUGAACAUGCAUGUUCCUCAGUCAUUUGAAACAAGGGCAGAAGUCUUGGAGCUCAUGAUGGUACCUAAAUGUAUUGUGUCGCCUCAAUCAAAUAGGCCUGUUAUGGGCAUUGUCCAGGAUACACUGUUAGGAUGCCGAAAGAUAACCAAAAGAGACACAUUCAUUGAGAAGGAUGUUUUUAUGAAUAUCUUGAUGUGGUGGGAGGAUUUUGAUGGAAAAAUACCUGCUCCAGCAAUUUUGAAGCCUAGACCUCUUUGGACGGGAAAGCAAGUGUUUAAUCUUAUCAUUCCAAAACAGAUAAAUCUCUUGAGAGUAUCAGCUUGGCACUCGGAGUCUGAAACAGGAUUUAUAACUCCAGGUGAUACUCAAGUUCGAAUAGAGAAAGGGGAGCUUCUGUCAGGCACUCUUUGUAAAAAGGCACUUGGAACAUCUACUGGAAGUCUUAUUCACGUAAUCUGGGAAGAGGUUGGUCCAGAUGCAGCCCGCAAAUUUUUGGGACAUACUCAAUGGCUUGUUAACUAUUGGCUUCUGCAGAAUGCUUUUAGUAUUGGAAUUGGGGACACAAUUGCUGAUGCGGCGACCAUGGAAAAAAUCAAUGAAACAAUAUCUAAAGCAAAGAAUGAAGUGAAAGAACUUAUCAGGGCUGCUCAGGAAAAGCAGCUGGAGCCUGAACCUGGUAGAACGAUGAUGGAUUCAUUUGAAAACAGAGUCAACCAGGUGUUAAACAAAGCUCGUGAUGAUGCUGGUAGUAGUGCCCAGAAGAGCUUGUCAGAGAGUAACAAUCUCAAGGCAAUGGUUACUGCAGGUUCAAAGGGUAGUUUCAUUAAUAUUUCACAAAUGACUGCUUGUGUCGGACAGCAGAAUGUUGAAGGUAAGCGUAUUCCUUUUGGGUUCAUAGAUCGAACAUUACCCCAUUUCACCAAGGAUGACUAUGGGCCUGAAAGUCGUGGCUUUGUGGAGAACUCGUAUCUGCGUGGGUUGACACCACAGGAGUUCUUUUUCCAUGCUAUGGGAGGUAGGGAAGGUUUAAUUGAUACUGCAGUCAAGACCUCUGAAACUGGGUAUAUCCAAAGGCGACUCGUGAAGGCUAUGGAGGAUAUAAUGGUCAAAUAUGAUGGGACUGUCAGGAACUCACUGGGGGAUGUUAUUCAGUUUCUUUAUGGAGAAGAUGGUAUGGAUGCUGUUUGGAUUGAAACACAGAAGUUGGACUCCCUAAAAAUGAAGAAAUCUGAGUUUAGCAAGGUUUUCAGAUAUGAGAUUGAUGAUGAAAACUGGAACCCCAGUUAUAUGUUACCAGAACAUGUUGAAGAUCUGAAAACCAUUCGGGAGUUCCGCAAUGUCUUUGAUGCAGAAGUUCAGAAACUGGAAGCGGAUAGGUACCAGCUUGGCACAGAGAUUGCCACAACGGGUGAUAACUCCUGGCCUAUGCCGGUGAACCUCAAGCGGCUUAUAUGGAAUGCACAGAAAACAUUCAAGGUUGACUUGAGGAGGCCAUCUGAUAUGCAUCCUAUGGAGAUUGUGGAGGCUGUUGAUAAACUUCAGGAGAGGCUGAAGGUUGUUCCUGGUGAUGAUUUUCUGAGUAUGGAAGCCCAGAAAAACGCCACCCUUUUUUUUAACAUCUUGCUUCGUAGUACAUUUGCCAGUAAAAGGGUAUUGAAAGAAUACAGGCUUACACGUGAAGCGUUUGAGUGGGUUAUUGGUGAGAUAGAAUCUCGUUUCUUACAGUCACUAGUUGCCCCAGGAGAAAUGAUUGGGUGUGUUGCUGCUCAAUCUAUUGGCGAGCCUGCUACUCAAAUGACUUUGAACACCUUCCAUUAUGCUGGUGUCAGUGCGAAGAAUGUCACUCUGGGUGUUCCUAGGCUGAGGGAAAUUAUUAAUGUUGCUAAAAAAAUCAAAACUCCUUCACUGUCUGUUUACCUGAAGCCUGAAGUGAACAAGACAAAAGAGAGGGCGAAGAAUGUCCAAUGUGCUCUGGAAUACACUACUCUGCGGAGUGUGACCCAAGCUACUGAAGUGUGGUAUGAUCCAGAUCCAAUGAGCACCAUAAUUGAAGAGGAUGUUGAUUUUGUCAAGUCAUACUAUGAAAUGCCAGAUGAAGAGGUUGCCCCAGAGAAAAUUUCUCCCUGGCUUCUUCGCAUCGAGUUAAAUCGUGAGAUGAUGGUGGAUAAAAAACUGAGUAUGGCUGACAUAGCAGAGAAGAUUAAUCUUGAAUUUGAUGAUGAUUUAACUUGUAUAUUUAAUGAUGACAAUGCUGAGAAGCUGAUCCUCCGCAUCCGCAUAAUGAAUGAUGAGGCUCCAAAGGGUGAAUUGCAGGAUGAAUCUGCCGAGGAUGAUGUUUUCCUAAAAAAGAUUGAGAGUAACAUGCUGACUGAAAUGGCCCUUCGAGGUAUCCCAGAUAUCAAUAAAGUUUUUAUCAAGUCAGGAAAAGUAAAUAGAUUCGACGAGAGUGAAGGGUUUAAGCCAGAAGUUGAGUGGAUGCUGGAUACUGAAGGCGUCAAUCUUUUAGCUGUUAUGUGUCAUGAGGAUGUCGAUGCCACACGGACAACAAGUAACCACUUGAUUGAAGUGAUUGAAGUUUUGGGAAUAGAGGCUGUUCGUCGAGCACUUUUAGAUGAGUUGAGAGUGGUUAUAUCUUUUGAUGGAUCUUAUGUAAAUUAUAGGCACCUGGCCAUCCUCUGUGAUACCAUGACUUAUCGGGGUCACCUGAUGGCCAUCACCCGUCAUGGUAUUAAUCGGAAUGAUACUGGGCCAAUGAUGAGAUGCUCAUUUGAAGAAACUGUGGACAUUCUUCUCGAUGCGGCUGUUUAUGCUGAAACAGAUCAUCUAAGGGGUGUUACUGAGAAUAUUAUGCUAGGUCAGCUUGCUCCAAUCGGCACUGGUGAUUGUGCCUUGUAUCUGAAUGAUCAGAUGUUGCAGCAAGCCAUUGAACUCCAACUCCCUAGUUAUAUGGAAGGUUUGGAUUUUGGCAUGACACCUUCCCGUUCACCGAUUACUGGAACUCCAUAUAAUGAGGGCAUGAUGUCACCUAGUUAUUUGCUGAGCCCAAAUAUUCGUUCUUCACCUAUAUCAGAUGCUCAAUUUUCUCCUUAUGUCGGUGGAAUGGCAUUCUCACCUACUUCAUCCCCAGGCUACAGUCCAUCUUCUCCUGGAUACAGCCCCACCUCUCCUGGUUAUAGCCCCACCUCUCCUGGCUACAGCCCCACCUCACCAGGUUACAGCCCCACUUCCCCAACAUACAGCCCCAGCUCUCCUGGUUACAGUCCAACCAGUCCUGCAUAUUCUCCGACAAGUCCAUCGUAUUCCCCAACCUCACCCAGCUAUAGUCCUACCUCACCGAGCUACAGCCCUACCUCUCCCAGUUACAGCCCUACAUCUCCCAGUUACAGCCCUUCUUCUCCCAGUUACAGCCCUACUUCUCCAGCCUAUAGUCCUACUUCUCCGGCCUAUAGUCCGACAUCUCCUGCAUACAGUCCAACCUCACCAUCUUAUAGCCCAACAUCGCCAUCAUACAGCCCGACCUCACCAUCGUACAGCCCGACCUCGCCAUCAUACAGCCCGACCUCUCCAUCAUACAGCCCAACCUCUCCUGCAUAUAGCCCGACAUCUCCAGGGUACAGCCCGACCUCACCAAGUUACAGCCCGACAUCUCCAAGCUACAGUCCAACGUCUCCAAGUUACAAUCCUCCAUCUGCAAAAUACAGUCCAUCACUGGCGUACUCCCCAAGUAGCCCGAGGCUGUCACCCACCAGUCCAUAUAGUCAGUCGUCUCCAAAUUACAGUCCAACAUCGCCAUCUUAUUCGCCAACUUCUCCAUCUUAUUCCCCACCAAGCCCCACCUACAGUCCUAGCAGUCCGUACAAUUCUGGUGUCAGUCCAGAUUACAGCCCUAGUUCUCCUCAGUACAGUCCAAGUGCGGGUUAUUCUCCGACUGCGCCAGGCUAUUCACCUUCAUCUACCAGCCAGUACACCCCACAAGCCAACAAAGAUGAAGGGAGCACCCGCUGAAGAAUACAUAUUCUGUAGUAGAUAGAAUGUAACUCUUUUAGAUGGACAAAAAUAUGCGGACUUUCAAAACCUAGAUAAAUGGUCAUUUGAGGAAAUUGGGGAUUCUUAGAAUAUGAUUUGUGUGCAUAUAAGAUCGGGAAGU